CUUUGCUAAAGAUAAGAGGAAACAACGCUGUAUGAGUAAUGAGGAGAAACCUGGAACGACAUAAUUUUUAUAAGAGGUUCGUGGCGCACGCAGAGUUCAGUCCCGCCGUGAUAAGUGCCGAGGAAGGAUCAGCGCAAUGGCCGCCUUCAACGAGGACCAGAUCGUGGAUUUCCAGGAGGCCUUCAGCAUCUUUGACCAGAAGGGUGAUGGCAAGAUUCAGGUGUCCCAGAUCGGGGAGGUGCUGCGAGCACUUGGCCAAAACCCAACUGAGUCUGACGUGAAGAAGCUGUCCCACCAGCAUCGUCCAGAUGAGAGGAUCAGCUUUGAGGUGUUCCUGCCCAUCAUGCAGACCAUCUCCCGCCAGCGCCCUGUUGACACCGCCGAUGACUUCAUUGAGGGUCUUCGCCACUUUGACAAGGAUGGCAAUGGCUACAUCUCUUCUGCUGAGCUACGACACCUCAUGACUCACCUGGGGGAGAAGCUGACUGAUGAGGAGGUGGAGCAGCUGCUGGCUGGCCAGGAGGACUCUCAGGGCAACAUCAACUAUGAGGAGUUUGUCCGGCUUGUCCUCAGCGCCUAAGUUUCCUCUCUGCCCAUCAUGUCAUUGCAUUGGGGUUGGCAUCUGGCCACUCCUGUUUUAUUUACCAGUGCUUGCAUCUAUUUAUGUUUGCUUAAAAUUACCUAAUGUAUGUAUUUUAUUCCAAAUACAUUAAUAUAUUUUUGUUAAAUGCUGAGUGUAUGUACAUUCAUAUGCAAACCUCUAUAUUGUCUUCCUUUAAACAUCCAUGCUGCUCUUCCUCUCAAGAAAAAAUAAAUAAAGUUCUUCAAGACUGUCACCAUUCUCAAAACACAUUCAGGAAAUCCUACAAAGUCCUCCAUUAUUCACAAUGGCCUCUACUAUAGUCACUUAAGUUGACAUGAAUAUAUCUUUUUUUGUCUGGCCCGUCCUUGUUUAAUUAACUACCAUUGCCAUACUAUAACAAAACUGCUUCAUGGAAGGUACACAGAGGAAGACCUUGUAUUAGAGUAGCACACCAUGUGGAAGCUUUUGCUACUAACACAACACAAUGCUUCAAUACAUUGUGGUAGCUUCUGUUAUAAAAAUAGACUGAUGUUCUUAGUACAGAAAGGUGAUUUUGUAAGUGAUACAUUUUGGCUUGUGAUUUAAUUAAUGAUAAUUUAAGCUGACCAUUGUUAAAUAUAAAGUAUGGGAAUUUCUGACAGUUUUUGUUCACAGUGAUUAUACAUAACAAAUUUCAGCAGUUUGAUAACUUCAUGCCCAGUCAAAAACGUUUCCCUAGCGGUUGAGCAUUCCAGGGCUGAUUUAAGUGCCUGAGGUAGUUGUUAAAUGAAUAAAGUUUUAUAUAUAA